GAAGCUGCCUAAUAUCUGCCACUGGCCAGAAACGCGCCAAAGAGUUUUUUCGGCAGCGUUUGUCUAUACAGAUACAGCGCGGGAAUGCGAUAUGCGUUAUGGGCACGAUUCCCGAGCAGGACAGUAUAGAAGAGUUUUUCUUGUUGUGAUUGGGGUGUAUCUGCCGCGGAUGAUUGUUUCAUGCUUGUUGAUUUUUGAGGGUUACGGUGUGUUAUAGUGGGUUUUAUUGUCAAAUCGGAAUCUUUUCAAUGCCGUUGCAGAUGUAAACUACAAAGCAACGCAAUAAACGACUACUCCGGCUCACCAUUUCCGGUUCGUAAAAACCAUGGCAGGCGAUUCGUUGCAGUUGACGUGAUGCAAAGUGACCGGUAUUGCAGGCAAAAUGUAAUCAUUAAAGGAGGCGGCAUAUAAUACACGCUGUUGACUCGGACAACUGGACGGAUGGCGAGUGGUGUUGCCGUGUAUGAAAGAGAAUUCAUAUCGCAGAAACCGACGGUAUUCCGGCAUCGACCCUGGACCGGUGCUUAUUUGCAUAUUUCUUUGGCCACAGAACGUGACAACCCGGGAAAAUUACCGAACAUUGCUGUGUUAUCUCCACAAUCGUCCAAAAUCCCAUAUUUGAAAACGGUGAGCAAUUGCACUUCAGUCAACAGAUUGGUCAAUUUGCGGAUCAACACACUCCAUUGACUGCCUAAGUGGCCGCACUAGACUAAUCAGGCGCAGACGGAUCAACACCCUGUUGAUACAACGCUUUUUAUCGCAUUCAACCGAAUACCCACUCGAAAUCCCAUUGGCCCAUUCAGUAUUACCGCGCGGCAUUGUACGUACGGAUUGUCACCAUUCAAUCCGAACGUAACGAAACUGCCUACUUACCGAAAAAUGUUAGUUUUUCCAAUGAGUUUUUGUGUUCCUUGUGUUAUUUGAUCGGAGCCCAUCUGAAAUAAUUUUUGCUCAUUCGGGCUGCUGAAUACACACUUCGCCGUAAAGGAAGUAGUCCUAACUCAGCCGGCGUAGCACGGCAAGUGUUUACUCGGCGCAUUCUGGCAACCUGUUGCGAAUUGAUUUAAUCCGGCCCACUCUUGAUUAUCAUCCGAUGGGCAAACAUGAUUCUGAUAUAAAAGAGGUAGAACGGGAUUUUUGCGUCGCUUGUCUGCUGUAUCGUGCUGGCGCAUUGAGUGUGGCAUGCUGAGCGGCGUUCGGCGGCAAAAAGAUUUAUUUCAAUCUGGAGCGCUCGAUCUGUGCCACACCACGGAGGCGGUAUAACACACCGUGCGAUCGUUGAAACAUAAUCACUGCGCCAAACCAGUGCACUCAACGUCAGCACGGUCGUCUCCACCCCCGCCGAUUUCCCCCCCGCGUUCUCCUUAAUGCCAGUCUGAUCUCCACACCCAGCCUCACCAUGUCCAGUUCCUCGCCGGCCCAUCCGGCCAAGAAAUCCUCUAAUAAAGCCCCGGGUACCCACAGCAGCGCCGCCGUGUCGUCCGCGGGGUCCGCCGCGUUCCCCUCGGCCCCUGGGGGCUCCCUCAUGCGGGUGCCCCUGCCCUCCGUCACAGGCAUCGCCCUGCCGAACCCCCACCUCGAGCGCCUGGGGAUUCCGGAGGGUCUGCCGGGGAUCCAGCUGACGGCGUCCACCGCCCCCACGCUGCAGGUAGGCAGCACCCAGGGGAAACUGAAGACGGCGCACGGGAAGAAGACCAAGGGCCGGGUGAAGAUCAAGAUGGAGUUUAUUGAUAAUAAACUGCGGCGGUAUACCACGUUCAGUAAACGGAAAGCGGGACUGAUGAAGAAGGCGUAUGAACUCUCCACACUAACCGGGACGGAGGUGAUGCUGCUGGUCGCCUCGGAGACCGGCCACGUGUACACCUUCGCCACCCGCAAACUGCAGCCGAUGAUCACCAGCGAGGCCGGGAAGGCGCUCAUCCAGACCUGCCUGAAUUCGCCCGAUCUGCCCAGCGGAUCCGACGGGCACGCCGACUCCCCGGUGGAGCACCGGAUGAACCUCAACGGCACCUUCGACGAGGACCUGGGCAUGGGCGGCGCCGAUGAUUUCGACGAUGAGUACAUGGAUUCCGGCGACUCGGACGACGCCGCAUCCCCGCAGACAGCGCGCCUCAACGGCGAGCAUGUCGGUGGUUAUGGACCGCCGGGGAAUGUGGAUUACGGGAGUCUCUCGGGGUUCGAGGGCUAUGCACAUCCGGAGGAGGCGGGAUACUACGCCAACGUGCCUAGGGAUAAUGCUCAUCGAUGAGGGAGUUUUUUUCUGGAGAAAAAUGAUUCUCUGUGCAUUGUAAAGUGGUUUAUACUUUUUACAGUCGAAUUUGUUCGGUUUUUUCUUUCUUGUGACAUUUUUAUGUCUUUAAUUGUUAAGGCAGUUAAGCAGAUGGGUUUUUCGUGGCGCUAGUCCAAAGAUUUUGCUGUAAUCUGAUUAGCGGAAUUUGAUUGGAUUUGGUGUUUCUUGCUGAAGGUUUUUCCUGACAGCAUUUUCAAAAUUCUUGGAGCACGGAAUAAUUUGAUUCGAAUUUUAUUCUGUAACGUACGAGUCGGUACGACUACGAGUACUUAUAAAACAGGCAGCAUCGUA